AUGCAACAAGAGCUGAAGACCAUGAGUUCGCCAGUUACGAUCGAGCAAUUGGUGCGCUGCACCACGGUGGGCGACGCCUUCCCGAAGCGGGACCAGAGGGAGCUGGUCACCAUCCCCGCCUCAUGCACCAUACAAGACGCCAUCCACAUCCUGGCCGAAGCCAAGGUGCUGUCAGCUCCUGUGAAGGACAAGAACGGCGGCUACCUGGGCCUUGUCGACAUGUUCGACCUGCUGGCCGAGGUGAUGCGGGCUUUCACGGAGCAGCACAAGGUGGAAGAGGGCGACGUACACUUGAACUGGAUCACCUGGGUCAACGACCCCCACAGGCUCAACGUGCGAGGCAACAUCCUCGCCGAACAGCCUGUCACCUUCCUCAUCAACUUGUCAAAGAGGAACCCGCUGCGGUUCGUGGCAGACAAGUCGCCGCUGCUGGAGCUGCUGCUCAAUUUCAAGGAGAGCGUGCACCGAGUGAUCGUGAAGGAGAACAACACCAACGAGCUCCUCCGCAUAGUCUCGCAGUCCGACAUGCUCCAGUUCAUCAGAGCCAACCUGACGCUCUGUGGCGAUUGGAAGAACAAGCCGGUGAGCGAGCUGAAGUCGACGCCGGGCGGCGGAGGUCCGAUCGUGUCGGUCAACACCCACACUCGCGCCCUGUUCGCCUUCAUUCAGAUGCACACGCAGGGCGUAAGUGCGGUGGCGGUGGUGGAUAGCCAGGGCAUACUGGCGGGCAGCAUCAGCGUCAGCGACCUGCGCUCGCUGACCCCGACGCAGCUCGAGUCGCUGCAGCUGCCGGUAAUGGAGUUCCUCGCGCAGCGGCACACGAACGCGCCGUCGACGCCCAUCUCCUGCUCGGCCACCGCCACAGUGGGCGAGGCAGUCGAGCUUCUCGCGGCCGCCCGCGUACACCGCGUGUGGGUGGUGGAGGAGCCGUGGAAGAAGCCGAUCGGGAUAGUGUCGCUGACCGAUGUCCUGCGUUCGUUCUUCGACCGGGUGGGCGGAUCUGAUGAGGUCGCCAAGAUGUAA